AUGCUCGCUAUCCUUGAGCCAUUCUGCCCUCUGACUACCAUGGUGGGAACCAAACUUCCUUCUGCCUCGAGUCGACUUGUUAGUCAGCUUGAGUCACCCACUGCUGCUGGCCAGGCUAAUAAGGGAACCGUACCGCUUCAUUCGUUGACUGAGAUUGUCACCGAGCCCGAAGCAAAGCAGGUCAUACUUGAUAUGCUAGGGUCUGGCACCCCUGAAUCAGUCAUCCGUUCGAUUUUCGAGACUGGCUACUACGAAAUUGCAGUUCCUCCUCGAUCUAUCGGCGUACCGUAUAUCGCAAUAACAUAUACAAACGACGAACAGGAAGGCUAUAUCUACGAUAUGAACUCCCAGCCCCCUCAGCAUCUCGACCUGCUCACUGUCCCCAGGCCCGGUAUGACAACUGUUGAACGAGAUGAAGAUGAAAACGAGGCAGCAUGGGACAGACUCCAAUGGGGCUCGAUUGAUUACCUUGACGAUUCUGGAGAAGUUGACUCUAUCCCCUGGCCGGUCUUAUACACCAACACCGACUUUGAAGAUCUCGAAGCGGUAUCCGGUCUUGAGAUUUACUUUUCAGGAUCCAGCGAUCGUUCUUGGGGGCUAUGUACGCCGAUUAUGAAUAAUGGAAUCGAACCAUGGCGCCUGUCUAGAGCGUCGACUUCACAGUCGGCUCAGUUGGACAUGUGGGCACGUGAUUGGAGUGAAGACUACGAACUCGGGGAUGCACAGCACUUGAUUGUUGCUGAUGAUGACGAAGACCUGGAGCAGGACUCCAGCGCAGGCUCGAACUCGAGCUCGGACUCGGAGAUGGAAUGGUUUAGGGAUGUAGAGUAG